CAACAAGCGAAGCCCAACAAGCGAAGCCCAAACACCCCACCCAGCUGCCCGGGCUUGAAAGCUUGUGCUCGGGCGUGUCAGGGAGCCCGGGCGGGCUUCUGCUGUUCUGGUGAUACUCGAUCCUCGCAGCAUGAACUCCAAUUGAGUUCUUUUCUCCAAGUCUCUCUCAUGGAGGGGUUACAAAUUUUUGAAGGGUAUAGUAUUAGAGUAGAGGGCUACUCUAUAGGCCUAUUCUAUAGGAAUUCAGAAGGGAACAGACAACCCAGUUUAAGGGUAUAUAUACCAUACUUUAACCGAAUACAGUGAUGGAAACAUUUGAUAUGGUAAAAUAUAUUCUUCUUUACUGUGAGUAACUUAGGUCUCUUUGAAUCUCUUCUUUCCUGUUUUAAUUGGCAAUUUGUAAACAUAUUUGUCAAAAGUGAUACCACAUUUCAAAUUAAAUGUCACUUAGGAUAUGUGCAAGGUUCAAAUAUCAAAGUAAUUUCUUCCUCAUAAACCUUAUCUUUAUUGUCAGACAACUCAAACAUCAUGAUGUUAAUAUUGGACUUUUAUAUUUAAUGACAAUGCUGGUAUUCUUCCCUUGAAGGUGAAUGUGGAAGUAAACUACCUGAUGUCUUGUAUGAUAUAUUAGAGGGAGGGGCAACUGUAUUAGGUUCAUCAUGAAAAUCCGUAAUUUGUUUACUUGCACAUCGUUGUUAUGGAAAAUAAUAUACGGACCUGCCUUCCACUGAUAAUUGUAGAACUCUGCGGGAAAUAAAAUUCUUGUUCCAAAUUUCUAGAUGAUUAAUUCUCCAGUUGACCAUUCCUAGCAAAACUUGGCAGGAUAAAGCAACCAUUUGAGGGAAAAGUGACUAGUGACUAUACAUUCAGCCUACGCCCUACAGGGGUCUUUGUGAUUAAGUAAUCGUAAAGAUUAGUAAGACACAAAAUCAAGUUUGACCAUUGAUAUCUCAAUUAGUAUACUUCCUUGGUACCUCUAUCCUAAAGAUAUUGCUCCAAAAUCCUAAUUUGGUCAGUUCUAUUUUAUUAUCCUUGUUAGCUAAAUAAAGCAUAUCUAUCUCGCUAUUCUAGAUUACUAACAUACAUUUGAUUACUACCCACUCUUUAGUUUCACUCCUCAGUAUGUAUUUGUUAAAAGUGGACAUGGAUAAUGUUUCUGGGACCAAGGGACUGAAGGAGUUCAAACUUAUAAUCCAAAAAGAUUCUUGUCACAUUCAUCACAAGAUUCACAAUUAAUACUUUCAUAGAAAAUCUUUUAAUAUGUUUACUUAUAAGUAUAUGUGACAACCAAAGUCAAGUUUGGCCUAUUUUUUGGGACAUAGGGAUUACACUGUUCAACAAUUAGAAGAUAUCUAGAUAGCUCAGGAAAUAAGUAAUGCCAAGAGCAUACCAAAACUUGCAUUCUUUUUGUCAAUUUGUGCACCAGUGCACUGCCGUGGUUUUUAGGAAGCCCCUCAUUGGCUUGAUUAAUCUGCAUUAUUUUGAAUUCAGAACUUGUUAUUCUCUAAUUAUUUUACUGAAUGUUUACGCCAAUAAGAAGGCUAGAAGGACCCUUGUCAAAUUUCAGAUUUUAUUUUCUUGCCAUUGUAGUUUUAUUUACUAGAAUUAGUGCUCUAUACACUUGACUACUUGAGAAGAAAUAUAAGCACUUGGUUUUGCUGAGUGCAGGCAAUAGCAUAUCCUCCUGUUGUUGAAGGGAAGAGCUGCAUCAUAGCUGAUCAAAGUGGAUCAGGGAAAACAUUGGCAUACCUGGCACCAGUUGUGCAACGUCUAAGACAAGAGGAGACUGAAGGACUUAGUAAGUCGUCAUCAAAAAGUCCCCGAGCUGUAAUAUUGGUCCCAACUGCUGAGCUGGCUUCCCAGGUUUUGCGAAAUUGUCGAUCCAUUUCAAAGCAUGGUGUUCCCUUCCGCUCUAUGGUUGCAACAGGAGGGUUUCGACAGAGAACUCAGUUGCAGAGCCUUGAACAGGAAUUGGACGUGCUAAUUGUCACUCCUGGCCGUUUCAUGUACCUGAUUAAAGAAGGGUUCUUGCAGUUAACAAAUCUUAGAUGUGCUGUGUUGGAUGAAGUUGAUAUACUCUUCAGUGAUGAGGAUUUUGAACAAGCUUUGCAGAGUUUAAUUAACACAGCCCCAGUUACUACGCAAUACCUCUUUGUCACUGCCACAUUACCUGUGGACAUUUACAACAAACUUGUUGAGACCUUCCCGGAUAGUGAAGUAGUCAUGGGGCCUGGAAUGCACCGGACCAGUUCUGGCCUUGAAGAGGUUCUUGUAGAUUGUAGUGGGAAGGAAGAGUCCGAAAAGACCCCAGAAACAGCAUUUGCCAAUAAGAAGUCUGCUCUUUUGAGGCUUGCAGAGCAGAGUCCUGUUUCUAGGACUAUUGUCUUCUGCAACAGGAUUGAGACAUGUCGAAAGGUUGAAAAUGCCCUAAGACGUCUUGAUAGAAAGGAAAAUCAGAUACGCAUUCUGCCGUUUCAUGCCGCUUUGGAACAAGAAACAAGGCUCACGAAUAUGAAGGAGUUCCUCAAUCCUGCUACAGAAAACCGUUCUUUGUUUCUGAUCUGCACUGACAGGGCAUCUCGGGGAAUUGACUUUCCCAGCGUGGAUCAUGUGGUACUGUUUGACUUCCCUCGUGAUCCGAGUGAAUAUGUACGUCGUGUUGGAAGAACAGCAAGAGGUGCUGGAGGUAUAGGCAAGGCUUUUGUGCUUGUUGUUGGUAAGCAAGUUUCUCUGGCAAGGAGGAUCAUUGAUAGAAACCAAAAGGGCCAUCCAUUACAUGAAGUGCCAUCUGCUUAUGAAUUGGUACGGUGAUAACUGAAGGGAAGAGACAGGUCUGCGGCCGUGUGUACAGAUGUAGGGGGUCUUGGUUGGGUGACUCAUGUAUCUUCUAUCUGGACUCCUAAAAUUUUGAGUUGUAAAAUAAUUGUAGCUACUAUUAUGUAUGGCUAAUCAAUCGAGUUUGUUGUGGUUUUUGACUUAA